AUUAUGACACACAGAUGACUUACAUGUAUCGACAAUUCAAACUUUUGAUAACUAAUAUCAUAGCAUAAUUGUUUGGUUUUAUGGCAAGAUAAAAAAAUGGGGUAGUGUGUUCAGCAAUUGAGAUAGCUAAAAUUUGGUUUACUUGAGUCAAGACUGACUUUGGUAGAAGCGGUGGAUUAGCAUUUUGUUAACUUUGUAUCCUUAAGCUGGGUGUCAUUUUGUCAGGCAAAAGCUGUUAUUGUACAGUUUUAAUGUUGUGUAAUAGUGCAUUAAUCUAGUUAGAACGUCUGUCAGCAUCAAGAAUGGCAGCUGCAUCAGUGUCUUUGGACACAUAUUAUUCUGAUACAUUAGCGGCAUAUCUUUGCGCAACUUGUAAGAAUAAAAACUCUAAGACUGUGGCAAAAGCUUAUUGUAAAAAGUGUGAUGCUUGCUUUUGUGACCAAUGCGUAAAUCUACAUAAUCAGUUGUUUCAAAACCAUGUCACUUAUGGGCCUAAAGAAAAGGAGAAGUGGCCAGUUGCCAUGGCUACACAGGAGUUUUUGGAGAUCUGUGAAGUACAUACGGAAGAGAAACUGAGACUAUUCUGUGAGGACCACACCCAACUGUGCUGCAAUACUUGCAUUCUGCUGAGUCAUCAACAGUGUCCAAAGGUUACCUUGAUUGCUGACAAUACCCUGUAUGCAACAGACCAUCAGCAGCUGUCAGCCAAGAUUAACACCAUUCUGGAUCAACUAAUGAAGCUGCAAACAAAUUGGGAGAGCAACCUGAAGUCACUGCAAGUGUCAUACGAAGAAAGGCUUAAAGAGGUGAACAAUAUGAGAGAGAAAAUAAAUUCCACCUUAGAUAAGCUGGAGAAGGCCGCACUGAAGGAAAUGGAUGAAGUGAAGGCCAGCUGGAAUGCGUCUCUCAAGUUUGAUGUUGAUGCAUGCUCAAGCCUUCAUACUAAGCUGACGCGUCUCAAUAAUGCAUUACAGGAAACUGGCACAAAAAACGCAGAGCUUGCGUUCAUUGCUUAUCAGAAAAGCGCAGAGAUGUUAAAACAAGUGGACAAAUACAUGAACAACAAUUCAGUACAAACAGAAGUUUCUUUAAAGUUGCUUGUGUACAAUGACAUUGAAGUGUAUUUAUCCAACCUCACAGUUCUUGGUCAUACCAUACAUGUUCAGAAAGAAGUGACUAUGCAGGAAAGUCCAGACAAGGCAAUCUCAGUUGCAGGAACUACUCCAGUUUGUGUGAAAAUACCGAUUGAUCGUACCAACUGUGAUAUCAGGGGCAUUUGUAGUCUUUUCAAUGGUCAGAUACUUGUUACAGACAUGACUAACAAAGGAUUGAAGCUGUUGGAUCUGCGGCUCAAGGUGGUCAGUGUCUGUGCUAUGUCUGACUCUCCAUAUGACAUGUGUCUGGUCUCCCCUUGUCAGGUAGCAGUCGUUAUUGACAAAGGUAUACAGUUUGUCUCAGUGAACAGUGGAGAGCUGGUGAAAGGCAGGAGGCUACAGCUACAGCAUGAAUGUAGAGGAGUUGCCCAUCACCAGGGGGACCUCUAUGUGACCUCAGAUACUGCUCUGUACAAGUACACUCUCACUGGCACACUGGUGAACAAGAUGUAUGAGGACACAUCAUCUCCUUUUUUGGUCUGGAGAUGUGCAGUGAGUCCCAGUGGUGACAGGAUCUAUGUUACCAACCGUAGCCAACACAAGCUCCUCACCCUGGCCAGGGAUGGGACUGUUAUCUCCAACUUCACUGACAGAGAACUUCACUACCCAAGGGGAGUUCAUGUGACACCUGCAGGACAAGUGCUUGUUUGUGGAUCUGCAUCCAGCACUGUCAUUCAAGUGGACAGAGAGGGCAAGAAGAAGAUUGGUACACUGGCUACACAGAAGGAUGGACUUCAAUCCCCUCAAUCAGUUUUCUAUGACUGGCAAUCUGGCUGUGUCAUUAUUGGAUGCCAUAAUGCGAUUAUCCUGAUGUUUAAUAUAAAAUGAAAAAGAUUUAUGGGAAAAAAACACUAUUUUGGUUACCAUUUGAAUAAAAAAUAAAUGUUUAGCCUUCUGAAAUUCAUAGGGUUUAGAAAAUGUAAAAUGUUGUGCUUUGAUUUUAUGUUUUAAUUUGUGGAUUGAAUUGAAAAAUCUUCAUUAAAAAUAACAAGCUGAGAUGAUUUGGCAUGCACUGCUAAACACUUCAUUGUAUAUAACAUUGUGACUUUAAUUGAUUAUUUAAAUAAACAAUUACCAAAUUGUGUUAAUUUUCAUAGAAGCAUUCUUCUUAUAAUUUUCUUAAAGUACCUUCCUCACUAUGUAAACGUUCAUUAAGAAUGCUAUGCUGUUUACCACUUUGUUGCAACAAGAGAACAACAUUGUGUGACGUUACAUUGUUUUUAUUUGUUAUGCUGCCCUCAUGAAUAUUUGUAUUGUCCCCUACCGGUGAAACCGGAGGGGACUUAUGGUUUGCGCUCUGUGUGUACGUGAGUCUGUGAGUCUGUCACACUUUUCUGGAUCCUGCGAUAACUUUAAAAGUUCUUCACCUAAAAAUUCAUGAAACUUGAAACAUUGACAGAUGGCAAUAUGGAGAUUAUGCACGUCGUUUUAUUUUGAUCCUAUGUCAAGAAUUCUGGUUGCUAUGGAAACAAAUAGACUAGACAUAUUGCUGAAAAUGGUGGAUCCUGCGAUAACUUUUAAAAGUUCUUCAUAUUUUUUCAUGAAACUGGAAACAUGGAUGGAUGGCAAUAUUGAGAAUAUGCACGUCAUUUCAUUUUGUUCCUACGUCAAGAAUUCUGGUUUCUAUGGCAACAAAUAGACUAGAAAUAUUGCUGAUAAUGGUGGAGUUUCACCGGUAGGGGACCAUAUUGCCUGACAAUAGUCUUGUUGUAUUUGUACAUAUUGUCAGCAUAAUUGAUGUUCAUUAUCAAAACAGUAUUUUUCUGCUAUCUUGUAUUGUAUAAAGUCAAAUUUCUUAUAUAGCAGGUUGUAUGUGAAGUUAAAUUUCAGUUGUUUGUGAUGUUGUGUUAUGCUAUAUGUUGGGUCGUGGGUAAUUUCCAUAAAGUUGUUAAAUCACAAAUAUUUUCAAAAUACCUGUAUAUGACCAUGAAUCAUUAUAAACAUAAUUUUUAAA